AUGACGACCACUGAAAACGAUCGACUCUUCAAGGUAUUACUCAUCGGUGAUUCAAGUGUUGGUAAAACGUGUCUUUUGACGCGUUUCACUAAUGAUACAUUCAAUGAUAGCUUCAAGUCAACUAUUCGUGAUGAAUUCAUGACUAAGUCCAUUACAAUUGAUGAAAAAACACUGAGAUUACGAAUUUUGGAUUUAUCUGGUCAAGAACGAUAUCAUGCUGUCUCAAGUGCUUACUGUCGAGAUGCGCAUGGCAUCAUCGUGGUUUUUGAUGUUACGAACGAAAAAUCAUUUGAGGAUAUCAAGGUGUGGUUACAGGCAAUCGAUCAACAUUCGGAUCAAAAUGUGAAGAAGUUAUUAAUUGGUAACAAAUGUGAUUUGACGUAUGAUAGAGUUGUUGGUCAUGCAACAGCUAAAAAAUUCGCUGAUUCAUCAAGUAUUCCAUAUCUAGAAACAUCAGCGAAAAGAUCAACUAAUGUCGAACAGGCGUUCACGACUAUGGCCAUUGAGCUUAUGUCUAUUCCUGAAGCAGAAGCAUCGUAUGUGAGUCAUCAAUUGCAGAUUAAACCAGAUGAAAGUACGAUAGCGACUAAAUCUGAAUACGAUCAUUUUUUUAAAUUAUUGAUCGUUGGAGAUUCCGGUGUCGGCAAGUCAUCGUUGCUUUUACGUUAUGCCGAUGAUACUUUUAUUGAAAAUUUCAUAUCAACUCUUGGUGUCGAUUUCAGAUUUCGCACAAUGGAACUUAAUGGGAAAACGGUUAAAUUGCAAAUUUGGGAUACAUUUGAUCAAGAAAGAUUUCGAACUAUCACAAGUAAUUACUAUCGAGGUAUCCAUGGUAUCGUCGUAGCUUUUGAUGUUACGAACGAAAAAUUAGCUGAUUCAUUAAAUAUUCCAUAUAUAGAAACAUCGGCAAAGAACUCGACUAAUGUCGAACAGGCAUUCGAGACUCUGGCUACUGGAAUUAUGUCAAUUCUUGCAUCAACAGAAGCAAAAGCAUCGUCUGUCAGUCAUCAAGCAGAAACCAAAUCAGAUGAAAGUACGGUAGCGACCAAAUCCGAAUACGAUCAUUUAUUUAAAUUAUUGAUCAUCGGUGAUUCCGGUGUCGGCAAGUCAUCGUUCUUAUUACGUUUUGUCGAAGAUAUCUUCGAUGAAAGUUACAUUGCAACUAUCGGUGUUGAUUUUAAAACUCGUACAAUUAAGAUUAAUGGAAAAACAGUUAAACUUCAACUUUGGGAUACAGCUGGUCAAGAGAGAUUCCGAGCUAUUACAAGUAAUUACUAUAAAGGUGCUCACGGUAUCAUCGUACUUUUUGAUAUUACAAAAGCAAAAAAUACCUUCAAUGAAAGUUUCGUAUCAACCAUUGGAAUUGAUUUCGGAUGUCGUACAAUACAACUACAUGGAAAGAGAGUUAAACUUUCCAUUUGGGAUACGGCUGGUCAUGAACGAUUUCGAACUAUCACAAACAGUUACUAUCGAGGUGCUCAAGGUAUCAUCCUCGUGUUUGACGUGACGGAUAUAAAAUCGUUUGAGAAUAUCAAGAUAUGGUUAGAAGGAAUUGAUCAUCAUGCAUCAAAUAAUGUGACGAAGUUAUUAGUUGGUAACAAAUGUGAUUUGACAUCGAAAAGAGCAAUUGAUUAUGCGGUAGCUCAGGAAUUUGCUAAAUCGUUAAAUUUGUCAUAUAUAGAAACAUCGUCGAAGAAUUCGACUAAUGUUGAACAAAUAUUCAACAACUUGGUUUCUGAAAUAUUAUCAAGAACAGUAAAGGUAUUAUCUAUCCCUGAAUCAGCGAUAGUAGAAACAUUGUCUGCAAAUGAAAAAUCUGAAACCAAACCAGUUGAAAUUACGACAACGACAAAUUCUGAAUAUGAUCAUUUGUUAAAAUUACUACUCAUUGGUGAUGCCGACGUUGGCAAGUCAUCGUUGCUGUUUCGUUUCGCGGAUGAUACCUUUAAUGAAAGUUAUUUAGCAACUAUCGGUGUUGAUUUCGAAACUCGUACAAUGAAUCAUAAUGGAAAAACGGUGAAAUUUCAAAUUUGGGAUACAUCAGGUCAAGAAAGAUUUCGAACUAUUACAAGUAGUUAUUAUCGAGGUGCGCAUGGUAUUAUCAUAGUUUAUGAUGUUACGAACGCUAAAUCGUUUGAAAAUAUCAAAAUGUGGUUACAAAUAAUCGAUCGAAAUGCGAAUCAAAACGUAAAGAAGUUAUUAGUUGGUAACAAAUCUGAUUUGACAUCGAACAGAAUUGUUGAUCAUACAAAGGCCAAAAAAUUCGCUGACUCAUUAAGUAUUUCAUAUGUAGAAACAUCGGCGAAGAAUUCGACUAACGUUGAACAAAUAUUUAAGAAUACGAUAAUUGACAUCUUAUCGAGUACAUAG